UAGGUCCAGAUCUAGGUCCCCCAAUUUGUGUUCGGUUUUUCUUUUGUAAAUAAUUAAAGUAAUGCUGCACCUGACGGGCCAAAACUACAAUGCGCGCGACGUAAUCAGGAACAUAUUUUCGCCACUGAUCGGCGUGCUGGCCAGUCCACAAGCUGACGAGAUCUGCCACCGGAACAACCUGUCCUUCGUGGAGCUCCUGCAGCCGUUCGCAAAGUUGCCCAAUGAUGCACACUUUCGGGACGUUUCCGGGACGAGCGUAUCCGUGCGUGGACUCCGCCUCAAUUUCUGCGAUGUGGACUGGCGGCCGCCACAGCCCGUGUUGGCAAGAAAAAUGUUGAACGAGUCGGUGACAAAUGCUCACAAUGACAAGACCAGACUAGCCACAAUAGCUGACAUCGACCUGGAGUUGCCGACGGCGGAACCUUGGUUCGAGCAAUGGCGUGAGACCUUCUUGACCGUUCAAUUUCCGGCAGAACAUGAGUUCACCCGUCAUCUCCUAAGCUGCCUUCUGGUGCUGUCCAGUGCAGAUCCCCAGAUUGUGGAGACUGCUCAUAAGCUGGGGCAACGCGUUCAACAGAUGCAGAGCAUCACCCCUCAGAAGCUGCCCAAGUGGUUUCAUCCCACCGAGGUGCUGAAUAGCUAUGUAGUGCUGCACGAGGCCAGCCAAGGGGACUUGUCCAAGGCGCAGCAGGGAUUCGAGCUGCUUAAAUCCACUUUUGGGGACAGCAAAUGCUUCUUGGUAUCCAUCAACUCUCUGGAUGGUCAAAGUGCGACGACUGACACCCCCGAUUACUGGGCAACUUUUAUCAAGAGGCAACCAAAGGGUGAUCCGAAUAUACCUUCCACGGACUUGAGCGCUCCCAAAUCGCCGCAGGAGGCUGUCUCUGUUAUCAGCAUGCCCGCCAUGCAAAUGUCCCAGCUUCUGGAAGGAGCGAACAGCACCCAGGACAGUGAUCUGGCCAUGCUGCAUCCGCUAAGUCCCAUGCAGGAGAGUGCCACAGAGGCCAUUAACUCGAAAUUCAGCAUAAGCAGCGAGAGCAUUGCCUCCCAGACCAUCAAUCCCAAUGUAUGGGCAAAUGAUUUAGAUUCGGAUGCCCCGCACGGCGGUUGUCUGACCACCCGAGACAUCGACAACCUGCGCCAUUUCGUGCAAGACUACGCUGUGCGUGCCUUGAUACCCUACAUUGAGCACCUGGUGGCCAUUUUGGCUGAGGGCGUGACUAAUAAAAAGGGAGUGAGCAAGUCCUUGCUUAGUGCUACCAAGAGAUGGUUUGUCACCAGCAAGCCGGGAGCCGGAGCAAACAAUCAAAAUGCAGUCAUCUAUACCAACGAAUCUGCUGAACUGCAGACUCGAAAGUUGGGCGAUCUCUACUUCAUGUUCGGACAUUAUAACUUGGCAUUCCAAGCAUAUCAUCAGGCGAAGAGGGACUUCAAUGCAGACUCGGCAUGGCAAUACUACGCAGGAGCCCUAGAAAUGGCUGCCCUAUCCGCAUUCAUGCUGGGCACCGCCCACCGCAAAACCUACGACUACAUGGAAGACGCCAUUAUGUGCUAUCUUACUGUGUGCAAACUGCAGCAGUUUGCCACUCGGGCAACGCUGCUUAGCAUGGAAUGCCUGAAAACAGCCAGACUCUACGGCGAUGUAGCCAAGCAACUGAUACGCAUGACAAAUGAAGAGUCCGAUUUGCGAUCAGCUCUGCUGUUAGAGCAGGCGGCUUACUGUUUCCUGGUCACCCAACCGCCCAUGCAUCGAAAAUAUGCCUUCCACAUUGUCCUAGCCGGCAAUCGGUACUCAAGAGCUGGCCAAAGAAAGCAUGCCUAUCGUUGCUAUCGGCAGGCCUAUCAGGUGUUCCAGAAGCGCGAGUGGAGCUUGGCGGAAGAUCACAUUCAGUACACAGUGGCCAAGCAAGCCUAUAUGUUGAAACAACUGGAGGAGGCCAGUCAUUCCUUUGCCCAUUUGCUGAGGCCUGGAAGUUUGCAAAGUUCGCAGCAGCAGAGCAGUUUCCUAAAGGAGUACAUUCAAACGCAGAACGAACUUCUCAAACGCAAUCCUGAACUGGGACUAUUACCGCACGCCUUGCCCCAAGUGGUACAAUCUUCCGUUCGGGUCCUCACCCAAGUGCAAUCACCUGCGGCUCUGCCGCCUUUAGUGCCGGCUACCAACAUUGACAUCAAUUCGAACCUGACAGCCGAUGAGACUAUCUGGAACAAGAUGGAGGAAAUGCUCGUUAUUACGGCGGCAAAUAAUAAGCCAUUUGUUUUUAAGCCGUCUCGAUAUUUGUAUACCAAGCAAACGCCCGCAACGGAAAUCCCUGUGGCUGUUCAGGGUGAACCCAUUGAACUGGCUGUAACCCUUUCUAACAGCGUUCGUUGUGGAAUAGUGCUCACCGAGAUCGACUUACUGUGGAAACUGAUAAUGGACAAUAACGAGGAGGUCCUUUCAAAUGCCUGCGUAUAUGGGGAAUCAUCAGACAGCGCCAGCAAAAUAGCUGUAGGAGCAGCAAUUAAAACCAGCUGCGUGGCAUCCAUUGAACUAGCCGAGCAAGCUGAGGAGACGUUGCACUUCAAGCUCACACCCAAGUUAACAGGCCGCUUGAAUAUUCUCGGAGUUGUUUGUCGUGUCGCAGCCAUUGGAGAGCCGGCGGCAAGCCUACUCGGUUCGUUGCAGUUUGAGACACAGCAAAUCAGACCCAACAACGCCAAGCAAUCCUCGCAGACGGUUUUGGAUAAUAGACUGACCAUUAGAUUGGUUCCCCAACAGCCCGCAAUGAGUGUUAGUUUUACUCCCGUUCCCAAUCAACUUUUGGCCGGUGAAAUUGUACCCGUUUCUGUGACCCUUCGUAAUCUGGGCAUUGCUCCGAUUGAAGAAAUCUAUUUGGGUUGUGAUAAUCCGCGAUGUGUGUCAUUUCUGGAACGGCACAGUCAGAUGCCGCUGGCCAUGAUGAGCUCCACUCGAAAUCUUUCCAAUGAGAAACUCGUUAAGGACAAAGAGAUCCGGGGACAGCGUGUGUUCGGACUACUGCAACGUCCCGGACAAGCUGCGUUGGAUGCACAGCAGGGCCAUACCAUCUCCAUGUGGCUACAGGCACCCCAUCAGGCUGGGCCAUUUACCCUUCGACUGCUUUUCUAUUACUCGUUGCCAGCCGGAGGCAGUGCACCGAUCAAGUAUCGCCUUGUCCGCCACAUAUGGCAGCUCCAGGUGGAGAGUUGCGUGCAAGCGCAGGCUACAUGUGUGGUAAGCAAUGCGGUGACGAAUGAACUGGGCCUGGAUGUGACCGUCAGGAACCAGCACUCGAUGGAGAAAACGGAGGUCUACAUCAACACAGUUUCCCUGUACUCCAAAGAAUUCAACCUAAAUCCAGAUAGGCUGUUUGUUUUGAACCGUAUGGGAGUCUGUGCGGGACAGGCGGGAGCGCAGUGCCUCAAGUCUUCCAUAUGCUGUAAUUUCCAGUGUCGCCUGCUGGAGCGAGGGAAACGAGAAGAAUUCCAAGACAUUCCAACAAUCAAAACCUUGCUGCAAUCCCGACUUUCCCACUUAAAGGUAAUGCCAGCACAGCACGCACAGCAGGUGGAGCAAGGCAUGCCCGCGUUACAUGAUCCGCAUAGCUUUCUCACCAAUGAGGAGACGAUAUUCUUUAAUAUCAAUAUCUCCACGGAGGAGUUUAACGCCAGCAUUGCCGGCUACAUACCUCAUGCUACUCUUGUUUUAAGUUGGAGUGCCCUGGUGGGCCGAGAUGAGGGAUUACGAUUGGCCAGCGGGCUGCAUUUCAUUAAGCUUUAUAAACUGUUUGAAACCGGCCACUGUCCCACGUCACCAGUGGAAGUGUUCCUGCGGAGACGGCAGUCAUCAGACGAGCCCCUGGACAAGCUACGAGAAUUCCCUCUUCCCGAUGGAGCUGUUGAUAACGAAGAGGCCUGCGAGCCCCUGGCCGAUGAUGAUGAAGAGGACUACUGGGAGCCAAAUGAUAACUAUGUAGGUCAACGUUGCUUGCUGGAGGACGAGAGUUUUGUGAUGGCGGUUAAAGCCUAAAUUUGUUUGGAAAUCAUUACAUAUAUUGUCUGUCUCAAUCGGCUUUGUUCUCCAACAAAAAUCUUGUGUUUUUUAAACUUAA